CAACAAGAAGGGAAAAGUGUUCUUUUCAGGAGAAGUGUUUGGCUUGGGUUUUAGCGGUUGCAAAUGGCGUGCCGGUGCAAGUGAAUGUGUUUUAGUGCGUUCAGCUUGGUAUCGGUUCGUGUGCAAUUGCGCAGUGGCGCAAGCGAAUGUACGUGUACGUGUAUGCGCGUGUGUGUGUGACAGCUUAGCUUGGCGCGGAUUCUUGUGCAACGGCUCGAUACGACGUUGAUGGUGUGUGUGCAUGUGUGACGAACGAUGCCAUCACCAUUUACUCGAUCGAAAAAGCUAAAACGAACACCAGUUAAGCGUGGGACGACAUCACCGAAACCAACAUCAUCACAACAACAGCUAGUAGAAGACAAUUCCGACGAAAUGGAGGCACAGCUGAAAGUGUUGGAGAAGCAACGGGAAGCAGUGUGUGGAAAGCUUAGUCGUGUGUGUGCAGCUUUGUGUGACAGUGCAGAGCAGCCUAACCUCAACGUAAAAAACGUGCGCUUCCUUCAACUCCAGGAAAAGGCUUUAGAAAAUAUCUAUAGCGAGUGCAACGAAAUACAGAACAAAAUCUACGAGUUAACGCUGCACGAUGACCAAGACAAAGAGCAGAAUGACAAAUACAUCGAAUUUGAGACACGUUUCAAUGACGUUUCGUUGAAACUGACCGCGUGUUUCGAUGCCGUAACGAAAGUUGAAGUAGCCGUUCCACCUGCUCUCCCACUGACCCAGCAGCAGGCUCAGCCCCACCUCCCUCCGUUGCAAGUGCCCCUACCGACCUUUGAUGGGUCAUACGAAAAGUGGUAUUCGUUCAAGGCGAUGAAGAACCGGCCCUGAAGCUUUUUCAUUUGCGAAACUGCCUUGUCGGAAAGGCGGCUGGUAUCAUCGACGAUGAGCUGGUAAACAACAACGACUACGAAGCUGCCUGGAAGGUUCUCACUCAGCGGUAUGAAGACAAAAGAGUGGUUGUGGAUAAGCACAUUGAAAACCUUUUCAGCUUACCCAAGAUCAACCAGGACAAUGCUUCGAGCCUUCGUAAAGUGAUUGACACCUGCACUAAAAACGUUGAGGCGUUGAAGAAUCAGAACCUUCCGGUAGGUGGUCUCGGUGAGCAAAUGUUGAUCAACCUUAUAGCUGGUAAGUUAGACAAGAAGUUGCGAGUGGCUUGGGAGACGAAACAAAGGAAGAACUUACUUUCUUCCUACGCCGCUAUGAUGGAGUUUUUGGAGGAGCAGUGUCGAAUUUCUGAGAAGCUCGAUACCAGCGUGAAAACAUCGACGGAAGGUACAAAGCCGAAAACAGUGGCAAGGAGCCUGGUAGUGAGUGAACCUAAACCGCUAGCGAAGUGUCCAGUAUGCAGUGCUGCUCAUGAACUCCGAGCUUGUGAACUUUUCAGGGCUAAAGGUGUUAAGGAAAGGUUCGAGAUUGCAAAACGGUGCGGUAUUUGCUUCAAUUGUCUCUCCAAAGGCCAUCAAUUGCGAGCAUGUUUAUCCAGUUCUUGCCGUCGUUGCGGUAAGAAACAUCAUAGCUUACUCCAUGAAGAUUCCCCAAGUCAGGUUGCAACUAACGUAGGUCAAACGACAUCUAGUGAAUCAGUGAUAGAAGAAUCCCAAACAGCCAACGUACAAACUGAAACACCGACAACCCUGUGCGCGAGUGACGUGGAACCGGAGAAGCAGACCGUCCUUUCGACUGCCAUUGUUUUAGUGGAUGGUUUGUGCGAUUCUCCCUACCCUUGUAGAGUGGUAUUAGACUCUGCUUCGCAGAUGAACUUUGUCACCGAGCGAUUUGCAAACCUUCUCUCCCUUAAGACAAAACCCGCUGACGUCACGGUCAGUGGUCUGAACGGCAAUAGAACUCGUCUUUGCCGUAAACUGCGCACGACGAUCAGGUCUCGUGCCAGUGACUUUACAGCUGAGUUAGAAUUCCUAGUGACACCACGAAUCACUGGGGAACUUCCGACGAAGUCUUUCGACAUAUCACAGUGGCCCAUCUCGAGCGAACAGGUGCUGGCCGACCCUACCUUCAACAGAAGAGGACCUGUCGAUAUGCUGAUUGGCGCUGGAAGUUUUUGGAACCUGAUGCUUGACGGCCGAUGUGAACUCGGUCCGAACCGACCUGCGCUGCGAUACACAAAGCUGGGUUGGAUCGCUGGAGGUGUGAUCGCGAGCGACACGACGGUCGUUGCGCGUACACUUUGCCAAACUGCUGACGAUCAGCCGCUCAUCGAACUGCUGAGGAACUUCUACAAGGUAGAAUCCUGCGACGAGCUCCGCCCUUCCCCGAAGGCGGAUGACGAAGCGUGCCUGGAACACUUCCGGCGCACACACGAGCGAACUGAGGAGGGACGGUAUGUAGUACGAUAUCCGUUCAACGAACGUAAACGCGAGCUUGGCGGCUCGCGAGACACAGCGCUGCGACGUUUUCUGGCUUUGGAGCGAAAACUUGACAAGCAGCCGGACUUAAAGGAGCAAUAUUCGCGGUUCAUCCGAGAAUAUGAGGAUCUCGGACACAUGCGUGGAACGACCCACUUACGGUGCGAGAGCUGCUGA